GGGAGGGCGCAGGCUCCUUCCCAGCAAGCGAAGGCGGAAACAAAAGAGCCCGGCGCCGCCGCCCGCACACUCGCGCACCGCGCCCGGGCGCACACGGAGCAGCCCCGCGAGGCGGCAGCCCGGGACACGCGGACCCGCCGCAGCCCCCGCCGCCUGCCCCAUGGCGCUGAAGCGGAUCCAGAAAGAAUUAAGUGAUUUACAGCGUGAUCCACCUGCUCACUGCUCAGCGGGACCUGUGGGAGAUGACUUGUUCCACUGGCAAGCAACCAUCAUGGGGCCCCCCGACAGCGCCUAUCAAGGUGGAGUCUUCUUCCUCACUGUCCACUUUCCGACAGACUAUCCCUUUAAACCACCAAAGAUUGCUUUCACCACAAAAAUCUACCACCCAAAUAUAAACAGUAACGGGAGUAUUUGUCUUGACAUCCUGAGGUCCCAGUGGUCGCCUGCUUUGACUGUAUCGAAAGUCUUGCUGUCGAUAUGCUCGCUGCUCUGUGACCCUAAUCCAGACGAUCCCUUAGUACCAGAUAUUGCACAGAUCUAUAAAUCAGACAAAGAAAAAUACAACAGGCACGCAAGAGAAUGGACUCAGAAAUAUGCAAUGUAAAGUUUCAAACACUUUGACUUAUGCCAGAGUACUGUAAAAUCCCCUGUCUUUUCCAGUGUUAGCAGUAAGUCGGGCGCCGUUUGCCGUGUCCUUUGUUCCACGAGCCCUUUGGUUUUUACUCAUUUUAAGUGUGUUUAUGAAGCAAGACAAAACAAACUUCCAAAAAUACCCUGGAAACUCUGCUGAGAGCGUUUUAGCAUUCUGUGCUCCUUGACGAGGACAUUUAUUUCGGUUUCCGAGACACUUGGACCCCCUGCAUCUCCAGCAAGAUCUGCGACGUGACUGAGAAGCAACCAGACGCUUUUCUUUUUCUGAGACAAGACGUUUUCACACCAGAAACACUGUAUGUGCUGUCCAAGAUGUCACUUUUAUAAAUCUGAAUUCAGAUCUCAUUCUUCUUUAGCUCACUUUAUAAUUUGUAUUUUUUUACUGUAUAGACUAAAUAUAUUCUAUGUCAACUCCUGACUCCCCCCCACCCCCACAACCCUGUGAACAGUAUUGAAGCACCCAACAGCUGAUGAUGAAUUUAACUGUCCCUUCCCCCCUUGUCUUAGGAUAUUCUGUGGGUUGAAUGCGUAUUUCUUAAACCAGAACUGAUCUGCACACUGUAUUUCUCAGUAUACUGAUUAGAAUGGAGAAACACUUGUUUGGGUUAUAUUGUACUUGACUUAACUUUAUUGCAAUGUGAAUUAAUUGCACUGCUAGGUAGGAAGGUGUGUGACUUUUUUUGUUGUUGUUACUCUUCACGUUUGACUUUUUUUUUUUCUGUAUAGGCAAUAUUAUAUUGACACCUUUUACAGAUCUGACUGUAGCCUUUUCCAUAUAAAUAAAAAUGCUUUUUCUACUAUU